AUGUUGGUGCGAAUUUUUCUCACAUCGCUGCUGGGAGCUGCGGCAGCCAGUGUUGGGCCGGCUUUGCUGGCCCAUACGACCUCUGGCCCCGUCCAAGGGUUUAUGGACGACACCAACGGAACCACCGUCCAGCUCAAGAAGUGGUACGGUAUUCGUUAUGCGCAAGACACGUCUGGCAACAACCGCUGGCGUCCGCCUCGGCCAUACUCGUCGAAGGCGACCUUCGAUGGACACGCCUUUGGGCCUGCGUGCAUCCAGGCGGCUGCUGACGGCGGUAACGGCACUGAAGUCCAAAGCGAAGAUUGCCUACGCAUCAACGUGAUUGCGCCUGUCAAUGCAUCGGGCCUGCCUAUCUACCUCUACACGCAUGGCGGGGGAUACACGACCGGCGCCUCGUCAGAUCCCAAAAUCGACGGAUCUUACAUGGCCGAACGAGGCCUCGUCUUCGCCAGCUAUAACUACCGCCUCGCACUGUUCGGCUACCCGCAUUCGUCAGAGAUCAAGGCCUCGGGUGCAACACAGAAUAUCGGCUUACUCGAUACUCGGGCUGCUGUUGAGUGGAUACGAGCGAACGCGCGAGUUUUCGGUGGAGACCCAGACAAAAUUGUCCUCGGAGGCGAGUCCGUUGGAGCAGAGACAACCAACCAAUAUAUGUCCGGUUGGCCUGACGACCCUCUCAUUCGUGGGGCGGUCAUGCAAAGCGCUGACACCGCGCAGCCCAUGUGGCCGAUUGACCAGCAACUCAAGAUUAUCGCCACGAAUGUCAGUUGCACGACCGGGAAGGGCAUGUUGGAUUGCUUGCGCAAAACGCUGGUGCUGGAGCUGCAAAGCGCGCAGAUCAGCACGAACGCGCAAUUUCAGCCUGUAACUGACAAUCGCACCAUCUUCUAUGAUUACGUGGCCCAGACCAAGGCGGGGCAUACGAACAAGGUGCCGUUGCUAAUUGGCACGAACCACGAUGAAGGCACACUCAUUGUGAAUACAGAGCCUACUGCAUACUUCAGCAAUAUAUCUGCUUACUGUAAAAGCAACAACUUGAACAUUCCCUGGAACAACGUAACCAAGCUAGAGGAACUUUAUCCCGUGCCGUCGACGCAGUUCCCAGCAACCUUCAAUGCAACUGCUGGAAUGUGGAGAGACGCUCACAUGCUUUGCCUGGCCCAUAAUCUGGCCACUCACCGGACGGACGAUUUGGUGUUGCCGGUGUGGAGGUACCGGUUCGACUUGCUGGCGUCCAACCUUAACUCUCAAGGCACUAGCAUUGGAACAUUUCAUGGCUCAGAUAUUCGUUUCGUAAUGGGAACCUGGAGGACCAUUAUCAAAUCGCAGCCAUUUGUUGCUGCAACUCCGGAGGAGAUAGCAAUCUCAAACCUUAUGGUUACUGCUUGGACCAACUUCAUCAAGGAUCCCACUAAAGGCCCGGAAAUACCUGGCUGGAAGAAGUAUGACACCAAGGAUACAACGUCGCUUGCCAUCCUCGGCUUGAACACUAAUGGAGCUGAUCCUGGCGAUCACUUUUCGGCGGAUGCAUCAUGCGCGUACUGGAACAAGUUACUUCACAUAUUUCCUCAGACAUUCCCGGAAUGUGGUAGCUGGACUUGCUGA